UUUUGAUAUUACCAUCUUUCGCAACUGGAUUCUUAUCAACACGGCGAAAUAAUCGUCAUUUUUUAAAGGAGUUUUUUGAUACUCAAGAAAUGCAUCUGCCGCUAUUGUAUGGCAUCCUUGGAUUGGGGGAUCGCAUCCUCUCGUCGGCGAGUCGCCUCACGACAACUUCAAGGGACGCAACGAAUGCACCCGCAAUGGGCACUUUCGCCUGCGAGUACGUCACCUUUCCACCCACUGGGACCUUUUGGAAAUUAGAAAUCUGAUGAAAAACCAGAUGUGUUCCUUCGUCAAGCUCAAGGAAACCUCAAGCCAUAAUGUGCUUUAUCUAUUUCAAUGCCGUGACUCUCACAUCCAGGAGGAAAUCGGAUAAAACAGAGGUGGUUGGAACCUGGUUUAUUAUCAACGCGGCGCGCCGCGGCGACAUUAACCUUGACAUCUCGGCGUCGACGAUAGUCAUCCGUUGUCUGCUCUCAAUGUAUGGCCCUCUAGCCGACUUUCAAAAUUUGUAGAUACUCUAUCUCGCGCUUUGUUUGACGUGGUUGGCUUGUUGCGAGCUUAGAGCCGCGCUGGACACAAAUGUUUUCCGGGCUCACAUCUUCGCCUGGUCCGCAAUUGGAUGACAACGCACUCCGAGAGUUGGUACAAAACCAAAUUAUCAGAGAAGCGGGUGUGGACUUUGAAAGCCGACCGAUCCUUGUCGUUUACUCUUGCUAUCUACCGAAUCCCAAAAAUGCAAACUAUGAUACGUUGCUUAGCCUCCUCCUUCAACGCCUGGACCAGUUUGUAGAGAACGAUUAUGUAAUAGUCCUAUUCUCUGCUGGGACUCAGUAUCAACCAUCCUGGACAUGGAUGUUUAAGGCUUAUGCAAGUCUUGGAAGAAAGUAUCGAAAGAAUUUGAAGAACCUGUACAUAGUUCACCCUUCUCUUUGGCCAAAACUCAUCAUGCAAACAAUGGGAGCUGUGGUGAGCCCUAAAUUUUCACGAAAGGUCGUUUGGGUAUACAAUCUAUCCAAGCUGGGAAUGGUUCUCCCUCUAAAGCAGCUCUUUAUCCCGGAUGUUGUAUAUCAAGUCGAUAUCAAGUAUUCCGGUGGUUUCAGCAAUUCACCGACGGCAACGAUACCUAGCCCAACGUCAGAGUCUAAAAGCAAAGUUUUUGGAGCGAGGUUGGAGGAUAUCAUGGGUGAGAACGGCGAAAAAGGGGUGCCCCGCGUAAUACGGGAUUGCAUCAGAUUCAUUUUGGUAAACGGUAUUCAUGUCGAAGGAAUCUUCCGACGGUCACCGUCUUCCAAAUUGCUGCAAGAUGCCAAGGCAGCGUACGAUAGAAAUGACGAACACAUAGAUUUGGAAGCGUUCGGAGGGGUACAUCUUGCCUGUGUCCUUUUGAAAACUUUUUUCCGCGACCUUCCGGAACCGGUGUUUCCAAGUAGCAUUUACGAUGUCAUCCGAGGUAUCACAGCCUGUCAAUCCGAGAAGGAACAACUCGAAUACAUCAAGAAUGCGAUCCUCCCGCUACUACCUUACCCCACCUAUAUGAUUCUGCGAGCUACCCUCCGUCUUCUGCAUCAGGUGCAGCUUCACGCAUCUGAAAACCUCAUGACAGCGAGCAACCUUACCAUCGUUUGGUCUCCAAACCUUGUUAAAAGCGAUAACCCCCUUGCGGACUUUAAUAUCUGCGGAAUGGGAGCUCAGGGGGGUGGAGGGGGAACCAUGCUGAAGCUGUGCAUUGAGCGUUUUGUAGAGGUAUUCGAGGGGGAGGAGCCUUGGGAGGUCGUUACGGGUACACAAUCGGAGGGGACUGAGGAUGAUGGUGUGGCAUCAGUCGUAAACACGCUGCAGAAUUCACAGGUGUCAAUUAGUGGUGACGGAGGUGAGAAGAGGUCGGAAUAGCGUUUUGGGGUAGGCGUAAGCGCGGAGUUUUGCCGUUAUAUUGUACAGUAUUACUUGCAUGUCACUUAUUUUGAAGGUUCUAGCCAAAUUACACAGACAUUUUCUGUCCACCUGCACGAAUGCUCUCAUGAAUGUCUGGGGACAUGCUGCAAUAUCACUUUGAACCUAGAGAAC